CGCUGGAAAUGGAAAUUUAUUUACUUUAUAGCUACAUUAAAUGUUUGGUAGAGUUCGUUUGAUAUAUGAUUGAAUUUGAUCUUUCUGUGUUUCUGAACCGUUUAAGUGUAAGAAUGGAGGUGUUUAGUUAGAAUACGUCAAAGUUUUGCAUUGUGAAUGUGGAAUGUUUUCAGAGGUCGCGAGUGCAAGUUAUUGGCCUUUGACCUCUUACAUGUUGUAGCUAUUGGGGAAUUAUUUUGCGGGAAAAGAUAUAGUUUUCUGUAUAGUUAAUGGACAACUAGGUGAAGUGGUACAAGUGCUCCAUCAUUUUUCAAGUGUAUGCCCCUUCUGGUUAUUUGUUUCCCUGAUGAGCUUUUGGAUCACAGUUCUUCAUCAAUGUGAUUUUUUUCCCUCCACUUUAUAGAAGUGAUGGGGACAAAGCGAUCUAUAAGCUAUGUUACAGACAACACUGAAGAAAACCUCUCAGUUCCACCUGGAUUUGUGUCACUAACAUCCUUUACAUUGAAGAGGAAGGUGACUGAUCAGGAGGCUGCUGAUCCCAUGGCUGUAGCUGGGGAGUCUAGAUCAGUGUUAAUAAGUGGUCCUCUUAGCAAUGUUGACAUUGAAAAGCUCAAGACCUCAUUCACACAGAAACCUUGGAUUUGUCACGAUCAAGUUCCACAAAAAUAUGACUGUGAAGAGACUGAAGUUGAAAUGAAAGAUCCAAUUAGUGCUUUCCUUCCAAAAGGGGUGAUCCGGGGAUGCGCAAAUUGCAAUGAUUGCGUGAAGGUCACUGCUAGGUGGCAUCCUGAAGAGGCAUGCUUGCCUGCACUUGAUGAUGCUCCGAUAUUCCGACCCACUGAAGAGGAGUUCAAGGACACUCUGAAAUACAUAGCAAAGAUAUACUCAAAAGCAGAGAGAUAUGGAAUCUGCCGCAUUGUUCCUCCUCCAUCCUGGAGACCUCCAUGUGUUCUUCAAGAUAAAACGACAUGGGAAGCUUCAAAAUUUAAAACUCACAUUCAAAAAGUUCAUGGAUUGGGAAAUUUGUAUUUGAAGAGAAGAUUAUCUAGGUUCAAUGAGAAGAUGGCAGAUGAAAUGUCAAAAGUUGCAGCUAGCAUGGGACUUGAGUCUUGUAAUGAAGUUGUAGCAGACUCUAAGGAAUCUAAGUCGAUUGCGGUGACUUCUGAAUUUGAGAACGGGCCUGAGCUCACCCUGAAAAGCUUCAAAAAGUAUGCUGAUGAUUUCAAGAGGCAAUACUUUAGCGAGGAUGGCAAGGUUAAAGAUCCUGAUAUAAGCGUGAUUGCAGUCCAAGAGCAAUGGGGACCACUAAUUGCAAGAAUUGAGGGUGAAUAUUGGCGAAUCGUUGAGAGUCCAAGUGAAGAGAUAGAGGUACUUUGUGGUACUAACCUGGGUUGUCAAACCUUGGGAAGUGGGUUUCCCAGUAAGGGCGGUCCAGCAAGGAGUAUGGAUGAUUACUCUGGAUAUGUGGAAUCUGGGUGGAACUUGAAUAAUACUCCCAAGCUCUCUGGUUCUCUUCUUCCACUCGGAUGCUAUAACACUUCUGCCAUUUUAGUUCCUCAAUUGUUCAUUGGAAUGUGCUUUGCAUCACAGUUUUGGAGAAAUGAGGAACACGACUUGUAUUCACUAUCUUAUAUGCACUUGGGAGACCCUAAAGUGUGGUACAGUGUCCCUGGAAGAUAUCGCUUCAAGUUUGUGGAAGUUGCAAAAAAGCUGUUUCCACAGUUGUCUAAACAUCCCAAGUUGCUCCAUGAGCUUGUUGCUCAACUCUCACCCUCUAUGCUAAUGUCCGAAGGGAUACCUGUAUACCGUUGCGUACAGAAUCACUCGGAGUUUGUUCUCAUCUUCCCUGGAGCUUACCAUUCGGAAUUUAGUUGUGGCUUUAAUUGUUCGGAAGCAGUGUGUUUUGCCCCUUUUGAGUGGUUAUCUCAUGGGCAGGACAUAGUAGAACUGUAUGCUGAAUACUGUUUGAAGACUUCAAUCUCUCAUGAUAGACUGCUGUUAGGAGCAGCAAUGGAAGCUGUAAGUACACAGUGGGACUCUUUUGCAAUGAAAAACAGCUCCUUCAAUAAUCAACUAUGGAAAGGUGUCUGCGGAAAGGACGGGAUCUUAACAAAAGUGCUCAAGUCUCGUGUCAGAAAUGAAGGCAUAAGGAGGAAACAUCUUUGCAAUCUAUCGCAAUUGAGGGAAUUGGAUGAAUUUGACAUCACCACUAAAAGGGAAUGCUGCAUAUGCUUAUAUGAUUUAUACCUUUCUGCUGCCAGCUGUUUGUGUUCCCCAAAUAGAUAUUCUUGUCUGCGUCACGUCAAGGAGCUCUGUUCUUGUGCUUGGGGUACCAAAUAUUUUUACUUCAGAUAUGAAAUUGCUGAGUUGAACGUCCUGGUCGAGGCUCUAGAAGGAAAUCUAAAAGCAAUACAUAGCUGGGCCAAGAGGAAGGACGAAACAGAUGCUUUACAGGAACUCAAUCCUCGUAAUAAUGUAGGGGAACAAGAGAAGCCCAAUGUCAUUAGUCCAAGAAUGUCUGCAGGCUCUCCCUAUGAAUUGAAUGGCAGAGCUUCCAACAAAAACCUUGUACCAGCUUCCAAUUGGGCCAAUGAAGAGAAUAAGAGUACAGCGGGUAGUGGUCCUGCAUAUGAAAGGAAUGUGAUAGCUUCUAACAAGAGUGUUAUGCCAGCUUCCGAAAGAAGGGGGGCUAAAGAUGAGUACGUAUCCAUGACUUGCAUGUUUCCGUCUCCUGACACAAGUCUCGGGAACAAUGCCCACCAUUCUGCUUCAAGCUUGAGCACCCAGAAAAAUGUAGCUCAAACUGUUGUCAUUCUGCUCAGUGACAAUGAGGAUUAACCACCGUGAGUCCGUGAGACCAUGGCGUAACAGUAGCUCUGAGAACUGUAGAUCCAUGAGAGUUGCAUAUACACACACACAAAAUAUAUGUAAAGUUACGUAUUUAAUUAUGAGCAUAAAAUUUUGUCACCUAGUGUAGGAGCACUCUAAAUAAUCGUGGGAUCUUGGAGGGCUCAAAAGUACUUGCUCCAAAAGGAACACUAAAAGAAUUUUGGCCUUCCUAUUGUAGAAAUAUGCUUUUGAUAUCACUUCUCAUAGUGUCAAAAUAGGAUAUUUGGUAGAGAUUUAGGAGAUCUAUUCAUAUUCUAUAGCUUUGUACCGCGUCAAUGAUCGAUUAUUGGUCA